GCGCUGCCGGAGUGGGGCCGCGCGGCUGCGCGCGCGGGGGGGCCGGGCCGGGCUUGCUGAGGGAGGUGUGACUGAAACAAAACAAAGCCAAAGGGACGCUGGAUCUAUCAUUGGUUGAUUUUCCUCCUCCUUUUUUUUUUUAUGACCAAAAACAACCCCCCACCCGAGCAAACAAACACACACAAAAGCAGAAAGAAAGGGUUUUGCUCAGCAGCAGCAUGGAUGUCUUGGCUAGUUAUAGUAUAUUCCAGGAACUCCAGCUUGUCCACGACACCGGCUACUUCUCAGCUUUGCCAUCCUUGGAGGAAAACUGGCAGCAGACAUGCUUGGAGUUGGAGCGAUACCUUCAGACUGAACCACGGAAGAUUUCUGAGACCUUUGGUGAGGAUUUGGACUGCUUCCUUCAUGCCUCCUCAGCCCCAGAUGCAGAGGACAAUAUACGACGGCUGGACCCCAUCCUUUUACCAGUGGAGACGAGUACAUGUGACAAAAACGCCAACAUGGACAUUAUCCUCUCCCGUGACAAACUGCUGUCUGAGACGUGCCUCAGCUCGCAGUCCACCAGCUCUUCCACAGAAGGCUACACAGCCGUCAACCAGGCCCAGCUCAAUGCAGUAACCUCAUUAACCCCCCCUUCCUCUCCGGAGCUCAGCCGCCACCUCGUAAAAACCCCACAGACUCUCUCAGCAGUGGAUGGCACAGUGACGUUGAAACUGGUAGCCAAGAAAACUUCACUCAGCUCUGUGAAAGUGGGUGUAGCAACAGCGACUGCGGGGACAAUAAAAAGUGGGCAAAGUGACAGUGAGCAAGGAGGUACAGGGACAGAAGCAUCCCCAGAAAACAAGAAGAGGGUUCAUCGCUGUCAAUUUAAUGGGUGCCGGAAAGUUUAUACAAAGAGCUCCCACUUAAAGGCUCACCAGAGGACUCAUACAGGUGAGAAGCCUUACAAGUGCUCGUGGGAAGGGUGCGAGUGGCGUUUUGCACGGAGCGACGAGCUCACGAGGCAUUACAGAAAGCACACGGGUGCAAAGCCCUUUAAAUGCAACCAUUGUGACAGGUGUUUUUCCAGGUCGGAUCACCUCGCCCUCCACAUGAAGAGACACAUCUAAAUAUCAGUCAGCUUGGCAUGGAUGUCAUCUGGGCUAAGUGUUGUGAGAUGAAAGUGCAACUCAAGUUACAACGUGCUACCUUACAGGAGAAGAGAACUUGAUCCCGUGUAAUCCUCUGUACAGGGACCACAUGCUCACAGUGUCAUGCUCCUAGUUACACUUCAAUACCUACAUCAGUUCUUUUAUGCCUUGCCCCGGCUGGAUGGGAGAAGAUGCAGGCGAGGAAAUGAUAUAGAGGUGAAGUCAGUGAAAAAGAACAGUUACUUACAGUACUUCAUCCCUCUUGGAUUUGUUUCCUGUUUUUGCCAGUGGAAAUCAAAGAAAACAGAGGAGGCUUCCCUGCGAGUGGACAGCAGUAGG